AUGUCGCCGGCAACCCCCGGAAAGAAGACAACUGCUGGACAGCCAGCCGCUUCUGCUGCACAGAAAGAUGCGCGUGGAGGCUCCUCCUCCGCGGGAGCUGCGAACAAAAAGCUCACCGGAGAGAAACCGGCAGCUUCUUUUCCAGCUUCCCCAGUUGCUUCUUCCUCUGCGGCAGCCGAAAGUCGGAAACAAGGCGCCAACAAGAAAAACAGCAUCUCGACAAAGAGCCCCACGCCUUCCCCUAGCAAAGGUGGCGGGGACACUAGUCGAAACUCCAAAACGAGUAGUCAACUGGCGAAAAGUCCCCAAAACGAAGCGAAUGCCGAGUCAGGUUUCAUUGAAAACAGCGCGGUGACAGUGGCCGCGGGAGGAGAUUGCCUCCAGUCCAGUCCCAGCUCUGUUCCGCUAAUUUGUCUGUUCGGGCCUCCCUGCAGUGGGAAAGGAACGCUGGCUGCCUUACUCAGAGAUAACCUAGGAAUGCUACAUUGUUCGACCGGAGAUCUGCUGCGCCAAAUAGCGAAGGAGGAGGGAGAAAACAGUGAGGUCGGUACCGCCAUGAAGGCUGGGAAACUCGUGGACGAUAGAGUCACUGCUCGCGUGUUGCAAGAUGCGGUGGCGAAGAAUGCAAACGCGAUGUGUAAGGGAAUCAUUCUCGACGGGUUCCCAAGGAUUGACACGCAGGUCGACCUGCUCAGAGAAAUGAAGUUAUGGCCUGAUGUUUGUUUCUUGCUAAAGGUUCCCAAUGCGACCCUGUUCCAGCGCAUGGCUGCCCGCCGCGUAGAUCCAGUCACUGGCCAAGUUUUUGGUCUUGGCUCCGAACCAACUGACAAAGAGCAAAAACAGAGGCUGAUUCGCCGAGAAGACGACAGCGAUGAGGUUCUAAAGUGUAGGAUCGAAGAGUUCGAAGCAAAUAUGGCGCUAAUAGCGGAUAAAUUACACGGAGACAAGGGAGAAGGUGGAGGGAAUUCUGAGGAAAAAGGGACACUGCAAGACGGAAACGAGAGCGAAGGAAAAACACGUGCUUCGUGUGAAGUCAUCGAGGUUGCAGGAGACCGAGAUAUACUAGAGGUGUUCAAGGACGUCCACACACAACUCCAACAGAAAUUUCCGACAGUCUUCAGUUGAUUCCUUAUUCUGGAACGCCCAUCAGUAAAAACCUCUGGGAUUUCUCUGUUACAACAAGCCACACGCCCUCGACCUCCUUGUCACACUCCUCGUGUACUGGAGAGGCUUCUAAUUUCUGUUGGAGUCUGAAAACGCAAUGAAAGAGGAAAAGGCAACCUGCUCCUGUUUCACAAAAUUUCGCCCACCCGUUAAUGUAUGCACCGCAGAAGCCACAUUCCACAUGACAAGUUAUCUUCACGACGGUCUCUGCUUGAACAUAUCCGAACACUAUCCAAAAGACUCCCGGGUCAACCAUCAAGAAUAAACCAACGCAAUUCAGCAAUUUAUUAGCUCCAUGUAAAAUACGAAUAUUUGCUCUCGCUCCCAUGAAGCAAACAUCGAGCCCAUACAACUCC